AUGGCCGAUUCGGGCGACGAGUACGUCUAUGGCUCCGAUGACGAGGGGCGGGGAAGUCGAGCGGGCGGCAAGAAGAAGGACCGCGCGAACGGCGGCAGGCGGUGGGAGCAAGGCGUGCACGCUGACGCGCAUGCGCUGAAGGAAGCCGCGGACGGGAAGCUGCUGCCCGACGAGGAGGACAAUCCGGAGGCCAAAAAGAGGAAGAGACUCCGACAGGAUACAAAACCGUUCCAGCGUGGGAUUAUCCGCCAUGUCGUACUCGUUCUCGAUCAGUCGGAGGCAAUGCUUGAGAAGGACUUCAAGCCGACUCGCCACGGGACACGUGAAGUCAUCAUUGUUCUAGGCGCGCUUCUCUCUCUUGACCCCGGGGACAUCUUCAAGACCAUUGCAAGCUGCGUCAAGAACAACGUCCGAGUCAACAUAAUCGGCAUGGGCGGGCGCUUGAAAAUCUGCCAAGAGAUAUGUUCGCGGACCAACGGCGGCGACGAAAACGUCUACGGCGUGGCCGUGGACCAGAUGCACUUCCGCGACCUCCUCCUCGCGACCACCACGCCGCCCGUGAUCCGGCAGACGACGGCCGAAGUGGCCAACCCGGCCUCGCUGCUGAAGAUGGGCUUCCCGUCGCGCGUCGUCGAGGCGGCGCCCACCAUCUGUGCCUGCCACGGCAUCCUAACGCGCGGCGGCUACCUCUGCUCGCAGUGCCAGGCAAAGGUCUGCAGCUUGCCGACGGGCUGCCCGUCGUGCGGCCUCACCCUCAUCCUCUCGACCCACCUCGCCCGCAGCUACCACCACCUUUUCCCCCUCCAGAACUGGUCAGAGGUCACCUGGGAGCGUGCGCGUCAGGUCGGCAGCACUGAGUGCAAAUCUUGUCUCACGCCUUUUCCACCCGUCCCGUCGGUGUCGAAGGCUGCUGCGGCGGCGGCGAAGAAAAGCGGCGCGAACGGCGAGCGAAAUGGCGACUCGAACGGCGUGCAGCAGGAGAAGCGACCGAAGCAGACGGAGGGCGCUGGCGCGAGCGAGAGCUCGCGGUACGAGUGCGAGAGUUGCGGAAACCACUUCUGUGUCGACUGCGACGUGUAUUGUCACGAGAUCGUGCACAAUUGCCCGGGCUGCUUGAGCGUGGUGCUGCCACCGGAUCAGGCUAGUGGUGGUAAGGCUGUGGAUGGCGUGGCGUCGAAUGGUGCAUGA